AGCGGGUUUUAAAUUUUCCAGUCAAGUUCAGUGCAGUUUGCAGGUAGAAGUAGAUGGUGGGUAAUAUGAAGGUAACAGAAAGAUUUGUUGUCUUGGUAGUGUUUUUCGCUUGUGCCUUCAGCGAAGAAGACAAAUUUAACAUAGAAAAGUUAAGUGUACCUGAAGGCUGCAAUGUUAGAAGUAAAAAAGGGGACAUGCUUACAAUGCAUUAUACAGGUACACUGACCGAUGGUAAAAAGUUUGAUUCUAGUUUUGACCGAGACCAGCCUUUUACAUUCCAACUAGGUGUAGGACAAGUUAUCAAAGGAUGGGAUGAAGGAUUAUUGGAUAUGUGUGUUGGAGAAAAAAGGAAACUGACAAUUCCUGCUAGUAUGGGUUAUGGAGAUCGAGGUGCUGGAAAUGUAAUACCUGGUGGCGCUACUUUAUUGUUUGAAGUAGAAUUAAUAAAUAUUGGCGACAGUCCCCCAACAACAAAUGUAUUUAAAGAAAUAGAUGCAGAUCAAGAUAAUAUGCUCAGCAGAGACGAGGUAAGCGAGUACUUAAAAAAGCAGAUGGCUACUGCUAGCGAAGGAGAACAAAAUGAUGAAAUUAAGAAGAUGCUUGCUGAACAUGACAAAUUGGUUGAAGAGAUUUUCCAACAUGAAGACAAAGACAGAAAUGGAUUUAUAUCACAUGAAGAAUUCUCAGGGCCUAAACAUGACGAACUUUAACAUGAAUAAAACAGUGAAUAGGGAAUAAUUUGUAGAUUAUCUUUCUGACUGACUUGGUUUUCUUCCUUUUCUUUGUUUACGUAGCUUCAGAAAAUAUUUUUUUUACAACUUCCGUUUAUUAUUGAGGUGCUUAUUACAUUGUAUGAAUAGUUUUCCCUUAUACAUAUUUUACAUUGAAAAGAAAUUCUCGUACUUAACCCUGUAUGUAUGUAUUGCAUAUUUUAUACACCUCAUAGUUCUUCUUUUGUUU